UAUACUGCAACACUACUCUACGCUUGCUUUUACACUGCGGGCGAUAAUUUAAUUUGAAGUUUGUUGUAUGUAAAUAUGGGAGAUUUGCUGUUAAUUUUGCAGACAAUUAAUCAUCGAAUGUGAAUUAUGUUAUUGUGUCAAUAGCUAUUUAAAGUGCAGCUUUGUUUUAUAUAGAAUGAAAAUUUCAACGAAGUGAUGGCAAUGGGAUAAAAUAAACUUUAAUAUCCAUACGUAUAUGUACAUAUGUUCUUGUCAUCAAAACCAAGUGAAGUUCCUAUUUAAAUGCCCGGUUAAUGAUAUAUUUCCCAUAAUUCAGACUGAAUAAAAUGCAAUUCAACGUAACUUGAAGAAGUUUAAAUUUGCGAUGCAGAAAAUAUAUUGGAUAUUCAUACUUACAUACGCAUGUGAAUAAGGAAGAUAAGCCAAUAUAAAGGCAUCGGAUUUCAAUAUUUGCUUCAGUAGUAUCUCAUUCUCCCAAAUAUAAUUGUGAUCGAUUGGAUAAACCGAAAAAUGGCACGUGGGAAGAAUGGCAGCUGCUUUUAGCGCUAACUAAUGCUAAUGUGGUACAAAAGUGUAGUCAACGUCGUGUAAAUCUACUAAAGUAUAUGUUACAAGUAAUAAAAAGGUAUUAAACUACUAUUCUAACAACGAAAUCUUACAAAAUAAGGGAGCCACUCAAUCAAUACAUAGUGACCUAAGCAGCUUGAGCUGGGUAAUUUCAUGAUUAAGUUUCUACUCAGAAGACUUACUUAGCUUAUGCGCAGCAUUGAAAAGCGACUAAAAUGCACAAUGUAAGGAGUUGAUUUCUCCAACAAGUAAAUUUUAUCAAGCCUAAUGUGAACAAACUAGAUUACCAGUUUUCCUAAUUACGAACAAAUAUUUAUUACUAAGCAUAGUCCGAUUAACGCUUGAAUUUUCACAUGUAUACUACUUAAUGGUUAAGGAAGGAAAGUAUUUUGAUCUUGUUCCACUCGUCCAUCCACGGCUCAGCAGAAGAAUCGCAACGAAAAUGUUUAAGAUUCGUGAACGCAACUGUUUACUGGCGGUUAUCUUAUUGGUGAUAACUCCCUGUCUUAUCAUCCUUUUCAUUAUGGGUCCAGAAUUAUCCACCGAACAGUCACUGUCACAACAAUUGGCAGAGUGUCGCUUUCGUCUGCAGUACCUGGAGUCGAUGUAUCGGUCCAGGCAAGAGGAUGUGGCAAUACUUUCACAGUAUUUGCAUCUCAGUAAUGCAACAACAAUAUCCAUGGCAACGGUUGCACCUUUACCUCCUGGCAAUGAAGCCAACGCGAGCACAUCCGCAAUGCCAGCAGUAGGCUUGCCUACACUUCUGAAGUCGCUGAGCCCCGAAGCGCGGCAAUUGAUAAAAAAUGCUACACAUUCACAUACAACUCAACGAUUUAGUUCAUCGACUGCCAUUCGUCUCCCGACGGCCUAUAACUUUCUGCCACAUCUACUCGAUGAUUCUACAUCACUGCAUCCGGCUUACAUUCGUUCAAAGAGUCGUACAGAUGUGAGCAUUGUGUUAGGCAUACCGACGGUGAAACGUGAGAAGCAGUCGUAUUUGGUCAGCACGUUGCAGAAUCUUAUUGAAAACAUGAAUGAAGAAGAGCAAAAUGAAACGUUAAUAAUAGUUUACAUUGGCGAGUCAGAAGAAGAAUUGGUGCAUGCAAUCGCCAAACAAGUCGAAUUGAAUUUCGAACCAUAUGUCGACUGUGGUCUAAUUGAUAUUAUAUCACCAUCGGCAUCUUACUACCCGAAUUUCGAAACGUUGCGUAUAACCUUGCAGGACUCGUUGGAACGUGUCAAAUGGCGAAGUAAGCAAAAUUUGGACUUUGCAUAUUUGAUGUCUUACGCGCAGUCGAAAGCCCGCACGAACGAUUCGUCUGCAGACGAUGCCGCCUCUGAUUGCAAUUUUAUUAAUCUAUUGUUCGUAUUCGUCUUGCUUUACAUCGAUUACGUUGCAAUCGUCUCGGUUACAUUUAAAUCAGCUAAAAUAAUGUCGCUGAACUAA